AUGGGCCUUGCGCUUCCGCUGUGUUUCGCGGCGAGCAUGCUCACGUCUUGCUUGCGUGUGCUUGCACCUGGCUGCUGUCUUGUUCGCGUCUCAGACGCAGAGGAGGAUGCGACGUCAGCGCAUGCAGCUAACGCCAGCUUGGGCGUCAAAGCUUCUGAUCGUCAAGCCGACACGGCGUUCAUGGACAAGGCACGCUCUUCUGCAGAUCAGCCUCCUGGUUGGCUCGUAGCUCAAACUGACCUCCGACCACGAUAUACCCCGUGUUUCUCUCAUGUUGAAGACGGCCAGGCAUUUCCACUGCAGAAAGGAUUCGACGCCUCACAUUCUCCGCACGGCGCUGCGUCAUCUGGCGCUUUGUAUGUAAGCACCCGCCAGGCUGGUUAG